CGCGCUCUAUGACCCUGUAUCUCCGCUGCGCUGCUGCAGCAUCAGUGGGAAAGGCAGAAAUCUGCAGCUGACUAAAUCAAGAGAUCAAAACGAUCCGGAUUAUAAACGCACAAUCUGUCGUGAAAAUCCAGGACGCAUCGCUGUUCUACUUUCUCGAUUAGUCGUUCAUCAAUGCAUGUGUGAUUUACACAUUAAUCAGCGUUUUUUUUUCACAGACGGGAAGAUGGUGCGUUGCCCGUGCCAUGCUGCUGACGGACACUCUACACGCAUUCAUGGGCAUUAAUUCACCAUUCUCUUCAUCAUAUUCCAGAGCACAUUAUUGUUCAUCAGCGACAGCGUUGUCCUGACACAAACGUCUGGGCCACGGACUCAGAGAUGCUGUUAUCGCAUCGCCUCGGAGAAGCCUAACAGACCAUGAUGAAGACCGAAUCCUCAUCCUCCUCCAAGCCAGCGAGCACCACCGCGCUCCGCAGCCCCUCUCCUCACCGCAACGCGUACGAGGCGGCGGGGAUUCAGGCGCUGAAGCCGGCGAACGAUGUCUUAAAUAACGGCGACGCUCAGGAUGGCAAGCCUAAGCCCACCAGCCGCGGUCGCACGUACGGCUCGAACGUGCAUCGCAUCAAGAACAUGUUUAUGCAGAUGGGCGCAUCCUCACCCACCGAGGCUGAAGACGCGCAAAAGGCGAACGGCGACGGCAAAGCGGUGCGUCUCACGCUCCCGCGGGCUGGCAGCCUGAACGAGAACGUGGAUCACAGCGCGCUGCUCAAACUGGGAUCUAGCGUCUCCGAGCGCGUCAACCGCUUCGAUAGCAAAACGGACGCGUCGCCCAGGUACUCGAAGCUGCAGGAGACGAGGAAGAUCUUUGAGCAGCAGCAGCAGCAGCAGCAGCAACAGCAGCAGCAGGAGAAGCAGGCGGCUACAAAUCGUGUGUUACUGAAGAAAGAACGCGCUGCGGGCUUUCAGGAUGCGUCGCGUUUGGAUGUGGUCGCGCGUUUUAACGGCAGCACUGAGUCGUUGGAUAGCCUGGACGCGAUCGGCGGGACCGGCGAGGCCGUGUCGCCCACCGUCAGCCAGCUCAGUGCCGUUUUCGAGCGGGCCGCCGAGCUGCGGAACAACCUGCACCGGCUAUCCAACACGCCCCCGCUGCCUCUGCGCGGGGUCACCGGUCGGGUCGGUGCGCUUAAUUCAAAAAUCAUCACCAAACGGGUACGCGCUUUUCCUUCGGGGGCAACCAAGGAGGAUGGGGUUAACCAGCACCAGGAGGAACAAGAUGGGAGGUGUAGCAGCCUUAAUGGAGCCUCUGAGCUUCAGGACAGUAUAACAUCUGUGGAUGCAGAGCCCUUGGAUGAGAAAAAGACAGGGGAGAAGGAUGAAUCUAGUGCCAGUAAGACUCUAGAUAAGUGUAAGCCAGGACAGGCCAAUGCCACAGAGGCAAAAGGUACUCUUAUUUCAGCUGAUAUCCGUAAUUUGGAAAAUGGGGGAGUUACUUCCAAUGGAGAGGCCCUGGAGAGAGACACUAUGGAGUCUGGCAUCACCAGCUCUGGAAGGAAGGGCGAAGAUGGACAUGCUCGUCCAUCAGUGGGGGUCAGUAAGAAGGAGGAUGAUGAUGGUACUCUGAAGGAGAAUUACUCUAAGGCUGAUUUGGUGGAUAUCAGUGCCUAUAGUGCAGUAGGAGAAGACUCUGGUGGUAGCCAGCUUGAGGAUGAGGAGGAUGAAGAUGAAGUAUAUGAGCCCGAGUCAAGCUGCUCAGAGAUUUCUGGAUUACCUGUGGAGGAGGAUCCGCCCCCGAGCCGGAAAAUUAAAUUCAGUACUGCACCCAUUAAGGUGUUCACUACCUAUUCUAAUGAGGACUACGACAGGAGGAAUGAUGACGUGGACCCCAUGGCUGCUUCUGCUGAGUAUGAGCUGGAGAAACGUGUGGAAAGGCUGGACCUGUUCCCCGUUGAACUGGAGAAAGACAACGAGGGUUUGGGUAUCAGUAUUAUUGGGAUGGGUGCUGGAGCUGACAUGGGUCUGGAGAAGCUUGGCAUUUUCGUCAAGACCGUCACAGAGGGAGGGGCGGCUCAUCGGGAUGGCAGAAUCCAGGUGAACGAUUUGAUAGUGGAGGUGGAUGGAACAAGUCUGGUUGGUGUAACUCAAAGUUUUGCUGCCUCUGUCCUGAGAAACACAUCUGGCACAGUUCGGUUUAUUAUUGGUCGAGAGAAGCCAGGAGAGCAAAGUGAAGUGGCCCAACUUAUCCAGCAGACCCUUGAACAGGAGCGCUGGCAACGGGAGAUGAUGGAACAACGAUAUGGCAACUACAUGGGGGAUGAGGAAGAGCCGGGCGAUUAUGGCACUGAUGAAGAUGAAGACGAGAUGAGCCCUACAUACCCUAGUGCCAUAGAGGUGUUUGACUUGGCCGAGAAUGAGGACAUGCUGUCACCAGUAGAAGUGGACCCUGAGAAGCUUGCCCACAAAUAUAAAGAAUUGCAGAUCAAACAUGCAGUGACUCAGGCUGAAAUCCAACAGCUGAAGAGGAAGCUAAAUCAUGCAGACCAGGAGAAGCAGCGCUGGCGUGCUGAAAAGGCCCAGAUGGAGCGUAACAUGCAGGAGAACCGGGAGCGCAUGGAGAAGCUAGAGGGAUAUUGGAUGGAGGCACAGAGUCUUUGCCAGGCUGUGGAUGAGCACCUGAAAGAAACACAAGCUCAAUACCAGGCUCUAGAACGGAAAUACAGCAAGGCCAAACGCCUUAUAAAAGAGUAUCAGCAAAAGGAGAUUGAGUUACUGAAGAAGAAAACAGCUCAGCAGAAAACUCUAGAGGAGACUGAAGCUUCACAUAAGGAGGAAACAGAGCAACUCCAAGACAAGGUAAUAGAUCUUGAGUCACAGGUCGAGGAGUUGAAGUCACUGGAUCCAUCGUAAAAGUAAACAAUUGUUAACAUUAUACCUACUUCAGUGUAAGUGUAUUGGAACUGGGGAAACAGAGAAUCUGUACUUUUGUCCAUUUUGUUGUCAGUAAGCCAGAGAGUUUCAUUCCUCCAUACCUUGAUUUCAGGCUUUUUAUGCUUUUAGAGAUUUGUCUUAUUUUUCUUAUACUCAUUCAUAGUAUUGUGAAUAAUUGUUUUACCCUGCAGUGUUUGCUCCUUAAAACCCUUUGUAUUUUCCUUAUAUUUAACUCUAGAUAAUGAUUCGGCUGUCAUUGAUAGUUUUGCCAAAGUUGUUCCUGUAAUAUUACAAUGUAUACAGCGGAAUCUUUUCUAAGUUACGUUAACAACAUGCAUUUGGCAGAACAGAAGACUGAUCUUUCAUUAACAAAAUACUACAGUGGAACGUAUUUCCGGGAUUCAGUCCUGAAAGUAAUAAAACAGCAACAUUGAUUCUACCAGAAAUGGUAAAAACAACAGCUUUGAAUCUGAAGCUCCAGUAAUGACCUGCCACUUGCUGCUGUACCUUAAAAGUCUUGUUACUCUUUUAUUUCAUUUUUAUCCUGAUGUCUUUCCUGGGACAUUCUUUAGGAGGCACUGUUGUAUAUGUGAUAAAACAGUAAGUAUGAUUUAUCUAGAUUCUUUGAAAGUAUAUACUAAUUUAAAAUGGGAAGCACAUCAUUCAUGGUGAAAUGGAGGGAACCUGAGAAAAAAAUGGGAAGAGUCAAAAUAAUAAAAGAACCAGUUAAGAAUGAAGUAUUUCAGCUCAUAUUUUGUGGUCAUUAAAAAACAACAGAACAUAUUAGCGUAGCCUUACUAUAUAGCCAGAUUUUUAAGGGGUUUACGUAAACACCUCUCUCCAGAUGCCUCUAUUCUACCUAUAGCAGUCCACACUUUACCUCUUGUGCAAGGUUUUGGUGAUUUGAACCUUAAAAACCAACUGCUGCCUUUUUCUCAGUAUUACUCCUGCUCAUAGUUACUCUUCAGUGUUUAUUUAGACCUUCCCCUUAAACCUUCAUUACAGAGGCAAAAAAAGGUGUUUGCUACUUAUGUUUUUCAGUGGAACUGUUCUUUUGUUCAGCUAUACCAGACACUGGUGAUGAUGAUAAUAAUGUAUGAUUAUGGGACUGGCCUCCACGUGUGUAUAGUUUUCUUUCUUUUUCUUGUUUUUUUAAAUGAGUGUGGUUUACAUUUAAAUGCAGUUAAGAGAUUGACCAGUAUGGGCCACAAUAGUUUAAUGAAAUCGGGAUGUAUUUAAAAAAAAAAAGUGGAUGAAAUCUUGAUUCUACUGCCUGGAAUGACUCUGCCUCAUGUAUUGUUCAAUAUGAUUUAACCUAGUGCAGCACACAUUUCUUAGACUAGCUUUUGGAGGAAUAUGUCUUAGAUACAAUGGCAGUGAAUUCCACAUCUUAUAGAAAGCAAGAUUGUUUGUUAACAUAAUCAUGUGAAAUGUAUGAAGGAACCAAGAAUUAUAAAUGAUUGUGAUUGUAGUAUUUAGUAUGUCAUCAUUAGUCUUUACACAGGACUAAAUUAAAUCGAUGAGGCAUGUAAACAACUUUUUUUCAGUGCAAGGCUUGUAUGGAAAACACACUCACGUGGUUUGUUAAUGUGCUUUUAUGAAAUAAACAGUCAACUGUG